AAGUCAGCAACACAACAUCAUCUGUGAAAAAGAACAGAUUCUCCUUUUUUCAUUUUUUUUCUUCUUGUUUUUACCACCAGAAUUGAUCUUCACAUCUGAAGUUUUUUUUAACUCAUCAACUGUUGAAGAAGCAGAGAAUGUUGGCCAGGUUGAUCUUUUGCAACAAAAGCUUGUCCUGAAUGUGUUCCACGGCCAACUAUGUUCUCCCUCUGAGGAGAACCUGUGAGGUAUUAGCCACUCCAGGCAGGCUGUGUGGAGGAGUGUCCAUGUCAAACCCUUUCCCUGGAGCCAGGUCUCAUGGAGCUCCUCAGGACACAGAGAUGGAUGUGGCUUGGCAGGAGCUGAUGGCCAUCACAGAGCUGCAGGAGUUUGAAGUCUCCGGUGCAGGCCCCUAUGAAACAGCACAGUACCAAACCAUGGAGCCCAUGGUCCCUAUGGGGGGAUAUGAGAUGGCUCAGUCCCAUUCUGAGGCUCUUCCUGCUGCUUGUGAGCUCAGCACUGCAGACACCAACGAUGGAUGUUACUCUGAAGAGGUGCCCGCCUGUCAUCGUCUAAGCAGCAAUGCAGAGGCAAUGUACGGACACUCUGGUUCUCAGCUCAAUCAGAGAAUGCUCCCCCUCUCUUCUCACACACAGCCCCCACGCAUGGCUCUUAGGGAACAAAUGAACAUGUCCGGUACCAGCCAAGGGCACAGGAGGGCCAACGCUUGUCACUCUCAGGAUCCACGUCGGCACAUGUGGACUACACACGGACAAAGUUCACACGCUCGCGCAGCUGAUGACCUAGAGUCUGACUCUGGUCUGUCUCUGGGUUCUAGUCCACCUUUGGCUUCCCCAGAUAAUCCUGUUGGUGGCGCACCAGGUUACCAGAGUGCAGACAUAGGCAUGACAUAUAGUGAAGGGGAACCAGACAGCAUGGCUGAACACGCCAGAAGAGCACACAUCCAUUACUCAAUGGGCUACUACAGUCAGUCUCACUCAUAUUUACACUCAGGUGCACACCCGUCAUAUAUUUCAACACAACCGGCUUCAUCUCAUACCCAAACCAAUGUUCUGACUCAGUCAGUGACACAGCAGGGUCAGACCUCUGCUCUGAGCAACCUGCACAUUGACUCUGGAGUGUCCAGCAGAGGGAGCUCACAAUAUAGCAUGUAUGCAAAUCCAGAAGGAAGUGUCUCCACUCCAGCUCCACUAAGCAGAGAUGAGAGGCGGGCCAUGUCUUUGAAGAUCCCCUUCCCCAUGGAGAAGAUUAUCAAUCUACCCGUGGAUGACUUCAAUGAGCUCCUGACGCAGUUUACUCUGACAGAAAAUCAACUAGCACUGGUCAGGGAUAUUCGACGGAGAGGGAAGAACAAGGUGGCAGCUCAGAACUGCAGGAAAAGGAAGCUGGAGAGCAUCAUUCACCUUGAAAGAGAACUGAACCAGCUGCAUGCACAAAGAGAGCACCUGGCACAGGAAAGGCUGGAGUUCCAACGCAGCUUGUCUUUUAUUAAAUGUCGCCUCACAGACCUUUAUUCAGAAGUAUUUUCUCACUUGAGAGAUGAAGAUGGACAACCAUACGCAAUAGAUGAAUACUCUCUACAACAGACUCCUGAUGGUAAAAUUUAUUUGGUACCUCACACAACUACGCAAAAGAGAGAGCAAUGUUGAUUAAUGGAAGAUGGUGUAAUGAUUUAAUUCC